GAGUUCCGAGGCCUGUAUUUACUUGGCCGCCGUUUCGACUUUCGACGGCGCCGUUCCGCUUUCCGCGCUCGCGACGCCGUGACCUGGCCACUCGGGAGCCUGUAGAGCUUCUGCGCCCUGCCUGGCGUCUCUGCCUCCGGCCCUCCGCUUGCCGAGGCGCGGGGCGCCGGCGCCGCCCGCUGCUGCUGCCGCAACCUGCAGGAAGCCGAUAGAUACUUAGCUUUUCCUUCACUUCAGAAUGGGUCACAACAUGGGUGAAGGUUCUGAGUUUGAAGAGUGGGAAGCCAAAACUUAUGCAGGCCUGAUUUCAGGAGAUUUGAAAGUUAAAAAUGGUGAGAGGUACAAGUGCCCCUUCUGUAGCUCUGGCGGAAAGGGAUAUUGCAGUAUAAAUGGCUUGCUUCGGCACGCCUCAAUAGUAGCAGGUGCUUCAACCAACUCUGGAGUGAAGGCAACCCACAGUGCUCUCAUCAAGUAUUUGAACAAUAGCUAUGGUACAUCAUCUGAGCCACAGUCCCAGCAGGUAGCUGUGGAGCCAAGACUUCCUGAGAACAGAGGUAAGCAGUAUGUCUGGCCAUGGAUGGGUGUCCUAGUUAACUUGCCUACCAAAUGGGAAGAUGGUCAUCGGGUUGGAGCAAGUGCAGCUAGGUUGAAGGAGCAACUAUCACGUUUUUGCCCGCUCAAGGUCGCUGCUUUAUGGAAUACUAGAGGUCAUACAGGGACUGCUAUUAUGGAAUUUGGAAAAGACUGGAGUGGAUUUGAAAAUGCACGGGCCUUUGGAAGUUACUUCGUGGCAGAAGGACAUGGUAAAACAGAUUGGAAGAAAAAAAAGAAUGGCUACUCAGGGCUUUUCGGCUGGGUUGCAAUGGAUGAAGAUUACAUUUUCCAGGGACCAAUAGGGGCCCACUUGAGAAAAAGCGGUGACCUGAAAACCAUCAAUGAAUUUGAGAAUGAAAGAGUACAAAGAGCAGAUAAACUUGUAUCUCAAUUAUCUAGCCAAGUUGAGGUGAAGGAUAGACAUUUGAAUGAGCUUGAAUGGGAAUACAAUGGGAUAAUUGAGUCGCUUGACAAGAUGGUCAGGGAAAACGAAAAGCUUAGACUAUCGCAUGAAAAAUGUAUUAGUGAGAAGCAGCAGCAAGCGCGCGUGCGUUCCCUGGCUAUUAUUGAGAGGAAUAAAAUGCUGCAUUUGGAACUCGACUCCAAGAUAAAUGAACUUGACUUGAGAACCAAACGGCCUUAUGAUCUUGCUUCAAGCAGUAACUAUGACAGAAGGAGCACUGAACAGGAGAAGCAGAUGAAUGCUAUGGAAUCAAACCAUCUUAAGAUGGCAAUGCUAGAACAAGAAAGAGCCAAGGAGAAUGUGCUGAAGCGUCUGGAAGAACAAGUGCGAGAGAAAAAAGAUAUUUUCAACAAGAUUGAGAAGUUGAAAGAACAGUUUUAUCAAAAGAAGACCCUUGAAUUUCAAAUACAACAGACGAAGGGAGAACUAGGUGUGAUGAAGCACAUGCCAUACGGUGAAGGUUCAGAAUUGAAGAAUAAAAUGGAUGAGUUGAGUAAGAAUCUGAAAGAAAAGGAGGAUGAACUGGAUGUGUUGAGUAAGGAGUUGAAAGAAAAGGAGGAUGAACUCGGAAAAAUGCAGUCACACACCAACACUCUGAUUGUCAAGGACAGGGAAAGCAACGCUAUGUUACAAGAAGCUCGAAGCAUACUGGAAAAAGGCCUUAAGCUUUCAACAAGUGGCAGGGCGCAUAUAGGAAUCAAGUUAGUCGGGCAGCUUGAUCCGAAACCUUUCUUAAAUGCUUGUCUACAGAGGUUGUCAAAAGGUGAUGCAGAACUUCGUGCUGGCGAACUUUGUUCAGAGUGGCAACACCAAAUUAAAAAUUCAAAUUGGCAUCCAAUUAAGGUUGUCGAGGUUGAUGGGAAAGAGCCGGAGAGGAUAAUCGUGGACGAUGCAAAUCUCCAGGAGCUGAAAGAUGAGUACGGUCAAGAAGUCUAUGCAGCAGUGACGAAGGCGCUGCUCGAGAUAGACGAGUACAAUGGCAGCGGCAGGUACUGUAAGCCGGUGAUGUGGAACUUCAAGGCAGACCGGAGAGCGACGCUGACGGAAGGCGUGCGGUUCAUCAUAAAGCAGUGGCAGUCGCACAAGAGGAAGCGCUGAGCUGUUGGUCCUGGAGACUGAUCAACGUGUGCUGAUGUCUGCUCUCCACCUGAUGUUCUAUUUUUCUCGAUGUUUUGGUGCGCGAGGCUUGAGCACUCGGUAGUAGUAGAUGAUGGGGAGCCACCAUGAGGCUGUUAUUCGUUUUGUGUUGGCAGACAACAGACCCUAGCUUUUGUGGUAACCUGGAACCUGCAUUUAUGCUCUCUAUUGUCUCCCUGAUGAGUACUAGCAAAUUACCAAUCGAAACAGAUAAGGACGAAUUGACGCCA